AUGGGCUUCACUCUGCACUCCGUCUACUUCACCUUGAAGGUGAGUUUGCUGCUGGGCUCCUUGCUGGGUCUCUGUUUGGGUCUGGAGUUCAUGGGCAUCCCCAACCAGUGGGCCCGCUACCUCCGCUGGGAUGCCAGCACUAGGAGCGAACUCAGCUUCCAGUUCAAGACCAACGUCUCUGCUGGGCUGCUCCUCUACUUUGAUGAUGGUGGUGUCUGUGACUUCCUCUGUCUGUCCCUUGUUGAUGGGCGCAUCCAGCUCCAGUUCAGUGUGGACUGUGCGGAGACUACAGUUAUCACAGACAAGCAGGUCAACGACAGCAACUGGCACUUCCUGAUGGUCAGCCGCAAUCACCUUCGGACGGUGCUAGUGCUGGACGGUGAAGCCAAGCCAGGCGAGGUGCGUCCACAACGCCAGUAUAUGAAUAUCAUCAGUGACCUUUUUGUUGGUGGAGUCCCAUUGGACAUCCGUCCUGCUGCCUUGACCCUUGAUGGUGUUCUGGGUGAGCCUCCGUUUCAAGGAUUUAUCCUGGAUCUGAAAUACGGCAACUCUGAGCCGCAGCUCCUGGGCAGUCAAGGGGUCCGGCUGGAAAUGGAAGGGCUUUGUGCAGAAAAUCCCUGUGAAAAUGGUGGCACUUGCUUCCUUCUAGAUGGCGAGCCACACUGUGACUGCUCAGCCACUGGAUAUGCUGGCAAGCUGUGUUCUGAAGAUGUCAGUCAUAUUCCAGGCCUCUCACACCUGAUGAUGGGUGAACAAGGUAGAAGUAAAGCGCGAGAUGAGAACAUGGCGACUUUCCGUGGUUCCGAAUACCUUUGCUAUGACCUGUCGCAAAACCCCAUCCAGAGCAGCAGCGAUGAGAUCACUCUCUCCUUCAAGACAUGGCAACGCAACGGGCUCAUUCUGCACACUGGCAAGUCAGCUGAUUAUGUCAACCUGGCCCUGAAAGACGGUGCAGUUUCGUUGGUCAUUAACCUGGGGUCUGGGGCCUUCGAGGCCAUUGUGGAGCCGGUCAAUGGCAAGUUCAAUGACAAUGCAUGGCACGACGUUAAGGUGACACGCAACCUGCGGCAGCACUCAGGCAUUGGACACGCUAUGGUAAACAAACUACAUUGUCUGGUGACAAUCUCUGUGGAUGGCAUCCUUACCACCACGGGCUAUACGCAGGAGGACUACACCAUGCUGGGCUCGGAUGACUUCUUUUACGUGGGAGGGAGCCCCAGUACUGCUGAUUUACCUGGCUCUCCAGUAAGCAACAACUUCAUGGGCUGCCUCAAAGAGGUUGUUUAUAAGAAUAACGACAUUCGUCUGGAGCUGUCUCGCUUGGCACGGAUUGGUGAUACUAAGAUGAAGAUCUACGGGGAAGUGAAAUUUGUAUGUGAGAAUGUGGCUACACUGGAUCCCAUCAGCUUUGAGACACCUGAGGCCUAUAUUAGUCUGCCUAAAUGGAAUACCAAAAGGAUGGGCUCCAUCUCAUUUGAUUUCCGAACCACUGAACCCAAUGGACUGAUCCUUUUCACCCAUGGCAAGCCUCAGGAGAGGAAAGAUGCCAGGAGCCAGAAAAAUACAAAGGUAGAUUUCUUUGCAGUUGAGCUUCUAGAUGGGAACCUCUACUUGCUGCUGGACAUGGGCUCUGGGACCAUUAAAGUCAAGGCCACCCAGAAGAAAGCCAAUGAUGGAGAGUGGUAUCAUGUGGAUAUUCAACGAGAUGGAAGAUCAGGUACUAUAUCAGUGAACAGCAGACGCACCCCGUUCACCGCUAGUGGGGAGAGUGAGAUCCUAGAUCUGGAAGGUGACAUGUACCUCGGUGGGCUGCCUGAGAACCGGGCAGGACUCAUCCUUCCCACAGAGCUUUGGACAGCCAUGCUGAACUAUGGCUAUGUCGGCUGUAUUCGAGACUUGUUCAUCGAUGGACGAAGCAAGAACAUCCGGCAGCUGGCAGAGGCACAGAAUGCUGCAGGAGUCAAGUCCUCCUGCUCCCGCCUCAGCACCAAGCAGUGUGACAGCUACCCAUGUAAGAAUAAUGCAGUCUGCAAGGAUGGCUGGAACCGCUUCAUUUGUGACUGCACUGGCACUGGCUAUUGGGGUAGAACAUGUGAGCGAGAGGCCUCUAUCUUGAGCUAUGAUGGCAGCAUGUACAUGAAGAUCAUCAUGCCUAUGGUCAUGCAUACAGAAGCAGAAGACGUGUCCUUCCGUUUCAUGUCCCAGCGCGCUUAUGGGCUGUUGAUGGCAACCACCUCACGGGACUCUGCAGACACUCUGCGCCUGGAGCUGGACGGAGGCCGUGUCAAACUUAUGGUCAAUUUAGACUGUAUCAGGAUAAACUGUAACGCCAGCAAGGGACCUGAAACUCUUUAUGCUGGGCAGAAACUCAAUGACAACGAGUGGCACACUGUCCGGGUAGUUCGGCGAGGAAAGAGCCUCAAGCUGAUGGUGGAUGAUGAUGUUGCUGAGGGCGCAAUGGUUGGUGACCACACCCGCUUGGAGUUCCACAACAUUGAGACAGGGAUCAUGACGGAGAAACGGUACAUCUCUGUCAUCCCCUCCAGCUUCAUUGGCCACCUCCAGAGCCUCAUGUUCAAUGGGAUGCUUUACAUUGACCUGUGCAAGAAUGGUGAUAUUGACUAUUGCGAGCUGAAGGCACGCUUUGGUCUCCGCAACAUUAUAGCUGACCCUGUGACAUUCAAGACCAAGAGCAGCUACCUGAGCUUGGCCACCUUGCAGGCUUAUACAUCCAUGCACCUCUUCUUUCAGUUCAAGACCACCUCAGCUGAUGGUUUCAUCCUCUUUAACAGUGGUGAUGGCAAUGACUUUAUUGCAGUUGAACUAGUCAAGGGGUAUAUACACUAUGUGUUUGACCUUGGAAAUGGACCUAAUGUUAUCAAAGGCAACAGUGAUCGUCCUCUUAAUGACAACCAAUGGCAUAAUGUCGUCAUCACCAGAGAUAACAGUAACACACACAGCCUAAAGGUGGACACUAAGGUGGUCACUCAGGUUAUCAAUGGUGCCAAAAAUCUGGAUCUUAAAGGUGACCUCUACAUUGCUGGCCUAGCUCAAGGCAUGUAUAGCAACCUCCCGAAACUAGUGGCCUCACGUGAUGGAUUUCAGGGCUGUCUAGCAUCUGUGGACUUGAAUGGGCGUCUGCCUGAUCUAAUCAAUGAUGCUCUGCACCGCAGUGGGCAGAUUGAGCGUGGAUGCGAAGGACCGAGCACUACCUGCCAGGAAGAUUCCUGUGCGAAUCAGGGCAUCUGUAAUCAGCAAUGGGAAGGCUUCACCUGUGAUUGCUCCAUGACUUCAUAUUCUGGAAGCCAGUGUAAUGACCCUGGUGCCACGUAUAUAUUUGGGAAGAGUGGAGGUCUCAUCCUGUACACCUGGCCAGCUAAUGACAGACCGAGCACAAGGACAGACCGUCUUGCUGUGGGCUUCAGCACAACAGUGAAGGAUGGCAUUCUUGUUCGGAUUGACAGUGCCCCUGGGCUUGGUGAUUUUCUGCAGCUGCACAUAGAGCAAGGCAAGAUUGGUGUAGUCUUCAAUAUUGGCACAGUGGACAUCUCUAUUAAAGAGGAAAGCACACCUGUAAAUGAUGGCAAAUACCACGUGGUACGCUUUACCAGGAAUGGUGGCAAUGCCACACUUCAGGUUGACAGCUGGCCAGUGAAUGAACACUACCCAACAGGCAACACUGAUAGUGAACGGUUCCAAAUGGUAAAACAGAAAAUCCCCUUCAAAUAUAACCGGCCCGUAGAGGAGUGGCUGCAGGAAAAAGGACGACAGUUAACGAUCUUCAACACCCAGGCGCAAAUAGCCAUAGGAGGGAAGGACAGAGGGCGUCUCUUCCAAGGCCAGCUCUCCGGUCUCUAUUACAAUGGCUUGAAAGUGCUGAACAUGGCAGCGGAGAACAACCCCAACAUUAAAAUCAAUGGAAGUGUCCGACUCGUUGGGGAAGUCCCUUCCAUCUUGGGAACAACACCCACAACCUCCGUGCCACCAGAAAUGUCUACUACAGUCAUGGAAACCACAACUACGAUGGCCACCACUACAACCCGAAAAAAUCGUUCACCACCCAGCAUCCAGACAACGGAUGACAUCGUUUCAUCAGCUGAAUGUUCCAGUGAUGAUGAAGAUUUCAUUGACUGUGAGCCCAGUACAGGUAAGUCAGGAGGUGAAUUAGUUAUCCCUCUACUUGUAGAAGACCCUUUAGAUAUCCCUCCUAUUGCUACUCGUGCACCUUUCAUUACACUUCCCCCUACCUUUCGCCCCCUCCUCACCAUUAUUGAGACCACCAAAGAUUCCCUGUCCAUGACCUCUGAGGCGGGGUUACCUUGCUUGUCGGACCAAGGCAGCGAUGGUUGUGAUGAUGAUGGCUUGGUGAUAUCUGGGUAUGGCUCAGGGGAAACCUUUGACUCUAACCUACCCCCUACUGAUGAUGAAGAUUUUUACACCACCUUCUCCUUGGUAACAGAUAAGAGUCUUUCCACUUCAAUCUUCGAAGGUGGCUACAAAGCACACGCACCCAAGUGGGAAUCCAAGGACUUUAGACCUAACAAAGUCUCCGAAACUGGUAGGACUACUACCACGUCUUUGUCCCCUGAGCUGAUCCGCUCCACAGCUUCGUCCUCGACUGGGAUGGUGCCCAAAUUGCCAGCCGGCAAAAUGAAUAACCGUGAGCUCAAACCCCAGCCUGACAUAGUCUUGCUUCCGUUGCCCACUGCCUAUGAGCUAGACAGCACAAAGCUGAAGAGCCCGCUAAUCACUUCCCCCAUGUUCCGUAAUGUGCCCACAGCAAACCCCACGGAGCCGGGAAUCAGACGGGUUCCGGGGGCCUCAGAGGUGGUCCGCGAGUCGAGCAGCACAACGGGGAUGGUCGUCGGCAUUGUGGCUGCUGCUGCCCUCUGCAUCCUCAUCCUCCUGUACGCCAUGUACAAGUACAGGAACAGGGACGAGGGGUCCUAUCAGGUGGACGAGACGCGGAACUACAUCAGCAACUCAGCCCAGAGCAACGGCACGCUCGUGAAGGAGAAGCAGCAGAGCUCAAAGAGCGGCCACAAGAAACAGAAAAACAAGGACAAAGAGUAUUAUGUGUAAAAAAGAAUACUUAUUUAUAUAUAAAUAUAUAAAUACUUAAUGCGAUUUAACUGAAAUAUCAGAACCAUUGCAGUGAACGAGAUUGGGAGAUAUCGUUUGUGGGAAAAAGUAUUGGGAAAAAAAAAAAUUCAGCAGUGACUGUUAGUGUCUCAGUCAUCGCUUGGAGUCAGCAAACUCUGCCCUAAUGUAUUAUAAAGCACACUUAGCGUUCUGGAGAUGGCGCGCACAGCUCUGCCCUGUUAGUGAACUUGGACGUCUCCAAAUCUCCUCCUCCGCUGAACUUUCUGCAAAGGUAGAAGACUUCAUGGCUUACUUGUUUCGUAUCUCCAAGUGAGUCUUUAACAAUGUUCGUGAUCCCUGACUGUAUCGAUAAUUUUUCAG